AUGGCAAGAAAAUGGCAGAAGUUUGCAGCUAAGCAGAGGAAGAGAAUUUCUUUUCCAAGGUCUAAUUACAAUGAUGCAGAGAGUUGUAGCACAUCAUCUUCUGUAGUUUCUAAAGGGAAUUUUGUGGUAUAUACAACUGAUCAAAAGCGAUUUGUUGUUCCAUUAGCUUAUCUUCAACACGAGGUAAUCAGACAACUACUGCACAUGUCUGAAGAAGAGUUUGGACUUCCAUGUGAUGGCCCUAUUACAUUACCGUGUGAUGCCUUAUUCAUGAACUACAUCGUAUCACUCAUUGAAAGAGGUGUAGGUGCUGAUCUUCAGAAUGCUUUGCUUGUAUCUGUCUCUUCCAGCCAAUGCUCAUCAGCUUUAUACCUUCAAGAACAAAGAAACCUGCAAUUGCUAGUUUGUUAA